AUGCCAACACCCCGACUUUUUGAUCAAUGUCCGGCAUUUCCUUCUGCCCUCCCUGUUAUUCCGCUGCCGAUAGUGUCAUUCCAAAAACUGCAAAAUAACAGCUUUGUGGAGGCCGGGAAACUGUACGAAGCAUGUCAACAAUGGGGAUUCUUCUUGCUGGAUUUGAGAAAUUCAGACGAUGGCGCAACCCUUCUGCAGGAUGCUGAAAAGAUGUUUGAAUUAACGGAGGAAACCUUCCAUCUGGACAAGGAAACGCUGGAUCAGUACGCCUACAACGCUCCCAAGGACCUAACAGGGUACAAACGAAUGGGAAAACUGAAAACUGAUGACGGCAAGAUGGACUUUAUGGAGCUAUACUCUAUUAACCAGGAUGAUAUGCUGGGCCGGUGUCACCCUCGCAAAAAUCCUGGUCCAAUUGAAGCCAGGCGAAAAGAGAUAGCAGAGUUUAUCCAACAUUCAAAUAAGGUACUGGGGGUGAUCCUGAACCAUUUAGACAUUCGACUUGGUCUUAAGCUUGGUACCCUCGGGUCGUUAAGCCCACUAAACCAGGACUCAGAGACUUCUGUGCGCCUAUUACACAGCCAGCAACAGUCAAACCCUCAGUACGAUCGAAUUACUCUGGGCGGUCACACUGAUAUCGGGACGAUGACUCUCCUGUUUAAUAUUGUGGGCGGAUUGCAGAUCCUUCCCGCUGGUAGUGAUAACAGGAUGGAUAACUGGAAGUAUAUAAAACCCGAGCUUGGUUGUGCCCUGGUAAACGUGGGAGAUACCCUGGUGGAGUGGACGGGUGGACUAUUGCGCAGUUCGUUGCAUCGGGUGAUGACGGCUCCUGGAGAACAGGCAUUGGUGCCACGCCAAAGUGUGGCAUACUUGGUCCGGCCCCGGCAAAAUGCGUCUAUGUGUCGACUUAAGAGCAGCGUGAUUCCUACCUUAACCGAAGGGGAAAAAGAUGAAAAAUGGUCAGUGAAUGAGUGGGCUGCAUGGAGAACCAAACAGAUCAUGCUUGGGGAGUUAAAACCACAGACAAUUGGCGGGAAGCCAUUAAUCCCACUUUAG